AUGAUCGCCCUGACAUCAAGCUUCCUCCUCCUUGCCACCACGGUAUUUGCUCAUGUUGGCCAUGAUCAGACUCCUAUGAUUGCCGGUCCUCUCCAGGGUCUUUGGUAUAAUAGCCUUCCUGGUGAUGGCGGCACUCAGGCCGACUCCGUCUUCUCUGGCAUCGCUACUUUUGCCCGCCUGCCAUAUUUUCCGUGCUUGUCCAGCGACACUGAGCGCUUUGACAUUGCAUUCCUCGGCGCUCCGUUCGAUACUGGAACGUCGUAUAGGCCAGGUGCCCGCUUCGGGCCCAGUGGCAUUAGACAAGCAUCGGCUAACGUGGGGUUCAGUGGUGGCUACAAUGUUCCUCUCAAGGCAAAUCCCUUCACCGGCGAGCUGAGAAUUCUUGACUGCGGUGAUAUUCCAGUCACAUCGUAUGACAACACUUGGGCUAUCCGACAAAUUGAGCAGGGUCACAACAGCCUGCUUAUGCGCAAGCCUUUCACCAACGCCGAGCAGCCCGGCCCUUCGCGGGCUGGGCACACCCUGCCUCGUAUCAUCACCCUCGGUGGUGACCAUACGAUCACCCUCCCUCUGCUGCGGAGCAUCAACAAAGCCUACGGCCCUGUAACUGUUAUCCACUUCGAUAGCCAUCUCGACACCUGGAAGCCCAAAGUCUUUGGUGGUGAACCUAGUGAUGUCGCCGCCAUUAAUCAUGGCACAUAUUUCUACCACGCCGCUAUGGAGGGUCUCCUCAAAAAUGACACCAACAUUCACGCCGGUAUCCGCACCACACUCUCCGGUCCCUCCGACUACGAGAAUGAUGGAUAUUGCGGCUUCGAGAUUGUCGAGGCUCGCGAGAUCGAUACUAUUGGUAUUGGGGGUAUUAUCAAGAAGAUUCGUGAGAGAGUUGGCACCACCAACCCAGUCUAUCUAUCCAUUGACAUUGACACCAUUGACCCCGCUUUUGCCCCUGCGACCGGUACUCCCGAAACUGGUGGCUGGAGCACGCGCGAGUUCCGAACCAUCCUUCGUGGUUUGGAGGGCAUCAAUAUUAUCGGAGCUGAUAUCGUUGAGGUCGCGCCGGCAUACGAUACCAAUGCGGAGCUGACUACUAUGGCUGCUGCUGAUGUGCUCUACGAAGUUAUGACUAUGAUGGUCAAGGCGGGUCCUCUCAGCAUGUCCCGCUCCGAAGAGUUGUAG